UUCACCUUGUGCCUUUUUGUCAUGACGGAAAAGCAUCCAGCUUCAUCCGAUGGUCAUGAACCAACUCCAGUGACUAUUGCAAAGGUUCCUGCCAAGUUUAUCUCUUAUUCACAUACCAUAUUUGCCUAUAGUGCUUUUCUUCUUGCUCUUGCUGCUGGCUGUUACACUCACUAUUACAAGAUCGUUCAAAAUGAAUAUUAUGGCUAUCCUGAUGGGUUCCCAAGUGUUAGUGCAACUACUGGUGAUCGAUAUCCUGCAAGAGCCAUAUUUCAAAUCUUCAUUGCAUUAACCUCAGGUCCAAGGUUUGCACUGGUAUUCCUUUGGUACUUUUAUACAACUCGUUCUUCUCGUUCCAGCUCACCUGCUUUUGGCAAAUUCUUAUUGAUUGUUGGUUUGGUACGAACCAUCUCUUGUGGCGGUUGGACUUAUAUUACCAGUACAGAUGAUCAUUUAGCUCAUGACAUUGCCAUGAUUGUUUAUCUUAUUUGUACGUUACCUUGGCAACUCGGUGGAUUAUAUACGACACCUAUUCGAAAUCCUGCUGCUUUGAAAUGGAGACGAUUCUUCACUAUCGCCUUUUUCGCCUCUUUACCUCCUAUGAUCUAUUUUUUCCUUCAACAUAAGGUUCAUAAAAUACCUGGUGCAUACACAACAUAUGCGUUCUUUGAAUGGUCUUUGAUUCUCUAUGAUGUCGCCUUCGAUGCUGUCACUGCCCUCGACUUCCAAACAUUUGAAUUCAGUAUUGUAGACUACUCUGGUAAUAGCGCUCCUUCCCCUGUGACGUUUUCUAAAGAAGGAUCUGCCAAAAUCCCAGGUCAUACGGAAGAUACCAUCUCCCCUGUUGCUCUCCGAUCAUUGACUUUGGCAAGAGGAUUUAUUACUGAAACCUAUCUUGCUUAUGUUUUUUGGUCCUUAUUGACUUCCCUCGCUUUGCUUAUUUGGUACUUUCCUUUGUGGCAUAUGGGUAUCUCUGGAUUUGAAGCCUUUUUAUUCAUCACUCUUACACCUAUGAUCCUCGGUAUUGGUCCUCUUCGACGUCUUUUUGCACAACAUCGAGGUGUUUUCCAUCUUCUUUCAUUGAUCGGUAUUGCAUCUUAUUUGAAAUUGGAUCCUGUUUGGCGUUUAUCUUUGACAGCUGUUGGGUUAGCUAUUAGUUUGACAACUUGGUGUGCUACUUGGAUCGAAACUCGUCAUCAUACAGGCACUUUGGAUCGAUCCAUUCUAAUUUGGGGUCUUGGUCUCUUGGUACACAAUGUAAUGAAGUUCGCUUGGUGGUCUGAAAAUCCCAUCUGGCCUAUCAUGCACAAAGCAAAUGGUGGUAUCAACGAAAUCGGUAUUGUUUUGGGAGUGAUUGCGUCUUUAGAAGUAUUAAUGCGUGAUAGAACCAAUCCUAUUAGUUUAGCUUCCUCUUCAAAUGAUACUAUUGGAAGACGUCAAGAUGGUUCAAAUUGGUUGUUAGCGUCUGCUGGUUUUGGUUCUUUGGUGUUUGCUCUUCAUUCCAUGUAUUCUGAUUCAUCUACUAUUAUGCGUUGGUCUGUGGAUGGGUAUCCUAAUUAUGGACCUGAACCAGUCCCUUGGGGUGUAGCCACUAUCGGUUCUUUAGCCUUUGGUUUAUUAUUGUCCACACAUCGUUCAUUAGUGACAAGUUUACCUUGGUAUGUAUUUGGAUGUAUCGGAUGUAUUGUAUUCUAUGCUUAUUCUGGCUGGACAGCUUAUUAUGGUGGUCUUGCUUUGGGAACUGUUUUGACAUCUGUGAUGCCUAUUCUUGUCCGAUCUAUCACUGUCCAUGGUCCCUUCAAAACAUUGUUUACUUCAUUUAUGAUCUACAACAUUCUUUGUCUCGCACAUGUAUGGGUUGUAGCUUAUGCUUUUGUUCCUGGUGGUGUGUAUGCUCGUGAACGUACAAACUGGGUUCUCGGUACGAUGAUGUUCCUAAUUGGUUGUGGUUUGUUCAAUGCACGCAAACAAGAAGCUGACAGUGGUAUUGUUCAACUUGGUGGUCAAAAAGUCAAAAAAGUUGGACAAUUACAUAUCAUCAAGAAUACUCGAUUCUUAACUAGACUUUCUGUUGUUGGUAUUAUGGUAUCUUCCAUCCUUGUGGCUCUCAAUCGCAACUUAUCUGCAGUAACCCCUGCUCCUUUUACCAGUUCUGCCAAGUCUUUCACAGCGGCCAUUUGGACUAUUCAUUUUGCAUUGGAUGAUGAUAUGUGGGCUAGUGAAGUGCGUAUGCGGGAUGCUCUUCGCGAUUUGGAAUUGGAUGUUGUUGGUUUACUUGAAUCUGAUACUCAAAGAAUUAUUAUGGGUAAUCGUGAUUGGGCUCAAUUUAUUGCAGAAGAUCUUGGUUAUUAUGUAGACUAUGGACCAUCAACUAUGAAACAUACAUGGGGUUGUUUGAUGCUAUCGAAAUUCCCUAUUAUCAAAUCAAGUCAUCAUCUUUUACCAUCACCUGUGGGUGAAUUGGCUUGUGCAAUUCAUGCUACCUUAGAUGUAUAUGGUCAACCUGUCGAUUUUAUCGUUAGUCAUAAUGGACAAGAAGAAGAUCCUGUGGAUCGUGAAUUACAAACAACUGAAUUGGCUCGUAUCAUGCGCACUAGUCCUAAUCCUUUUGUUUUCCUUGGCUAUGUGGUCACCAAACCUCAUCAAUAUCUUUAUAACUUACUCUUUGAUGGUGGAGAUAUGAACGAUAUUGAUAUUACGGAUGAUUGGGAUCGUUGGUGUGAAUAUAUUGGUUAUCGUGGAUUGAAACGUGUGGCAUAUGCUCGUAUUAGUCAUGGUAAGAUUACUGAUACUGAAAUUCAAAGUGGCAAGUUCCAAGUGGUGGAUGAUCCUCGACAAUAUUGGAAAGCAUCUUAUGAUCGUGUACCUGAAUCUUCUAUCCAACCUGAAUUGCGUUAUCCUCAAAUGUUCCGUGGAAAUGGUGUUCGUGGUCACAGAUAUCAAGUUUUUGAUGAACCUCGUUAUUAUAUUCAUUAGUUAUUUUCUUAGUUUUAUUUUUGUAUGUUUAUUGGUUUAUUUUAAUAAAUAAAUAGAUUGAAUACAGCAGUUUA